UUUUCUGCUCCUGUCACCGCCGUCCAGCCCACAGACGGGACAGACCGAGAGAGGGACAUGGAGGAGGCAGCAGCAGCCGCUUAGCGCAGCUCAGCAGCGGGGCAGGAGGAGGACGUACACCGCGCUGCACCUGCCGGGGACCCGCAGCUGGCAGACAGGGUAGAGACGAGGAAGCAGCGGCUUCUAGAACUUUUCCUCAACUUGAAGGCGGAGUUGUGGCUCCAGCAGUGUGCGUACAAGCCAGGACCAUGUGUGCCAAAUACCAGGCAAGUUUCUUUUCGUGCGUAACGGUGUUUUGAAGAGUUGGAACUGUUUGGACAAAGUUUGUAAAAAGUGAGGCGAGUCUGUUCUGCUCUCUGCAGACUGAGAGUAAACUUAUCCCGGCCCGGCCCGGUCCGGCCCGGUUCAGCAGAAUAAUGCCUCGCCCGGGGAGGAACACGUACAGCGACCAGAAGCCUCCAUAUUCUUACAUCUCCCUCACGGCCAUGGCCAUCCAGAGCUGCCCGGAGAAGAUGCUCCCCCUCAGUGAGAUUUACAAGUUCAUCAUGGACCGGUUCCCGUACUACCGGGAGAACACGCAGCGGUGGCAGAACUCUCUGCGGCACAACCUCUCUUUUAAUGACUGUUUUAUUAAGAUCCCCCGCAGACCGGACCAGCCCGGUAAGGGCAGUUUUUGGGCUCUGCACCCGAGCUGCGGCGACAUGUUUGAGAACGGGAGUUUUCUGCGGCGCAGGAAGCGUUUUAAAGUGGGCGGCAUGCAGGUCACGGACCCGCUGGCACCCAGCAAGCCGCAGGAUGCCGCCCAUUACCUGCAGCAGCAGGCCAAGCUGCGUCUCAGCGCGCUGCACGCGGCCGCGCACCUCCCGCAGAUGCCGGGCGGAUACAACCUGAGCUCCGUGUCUCAGCCAUCCAGCUUCAAACACCCGUUUGCCAUCGAGAACAUCAUCGCCAGAGAGUACAAGAUGCCGGGCGGGCUCGCGGCCUUUUCCACCACCGGGUACCCGCUCCACAACCAGCUGACCCCGGCCUGGCCGCACAUGUACGGCUCCGGGAUGAUGGACACCGCGGCUCCCAUCUCCAUGGCCAGCGACUACUCCGCCUACGGCAUGCCGCUCAAGUCCAUCUGUCACGGCGGACAGACUCUGCCCGCCAUCCCGGUGCCCAUCAAACCUACGCCCGCUUCAAUGCCGGGCCUGCCGGGGCUGCCCACACACAUCCCGGCUUUCCUGGCGAACUCUCCCCAGUCUCUGAGCCCCACCUCCCCGCAGACAGCCACCGGUCAAAGCAGCCCGGCCGCGCCCGGAGAGGCGCUGUCCUCCCCGGCAUCUGCGGCGUUGCAGUCCACGGUGGCGGUGCACUGA